AUGGUUUUGGGUGCCACCUUGCAGUGCUCUUCCUUCAGCCUUGGGCAGCUCAUCGCUUCGCGACUCAUCACCGGAUUCGGCAAUGGCAUGAACACGUCGACAGUACCGACAUGGCAAUCAGAGACGAGCAAGUCGCAUCGGCGUGGACAGAUGGUCAUGAUUGAGGGGUCUUUGAUCGUUUUUGGCGUCAUGCUCAGCUACUGGAUCGAUCUUGGCUUCUCCUUUCUGGAGCCAUCGUCCGUUGCAUGGAGGUUCCCAAUUGCAUUCCAGAUCGUCCUAUGCCUGUUCAUAUUAUCUUUCAUCAUGGGUUUGCCAGAGUCGCCGCGGUGGCUGGUACUCAAAGGUCACGACGACGAGGCGCUCACAGUCCUCGCCGCCUUGUCUGACCUCCCAGAAGACGACGCGAAGGUUCAAAGUGAGUUCAAGGCUGUGAAAGAUGUCGCAUUCGAGAUGUCCAAAGGUGGCUUCUCAGACUGCUUCAAACUCAACAGCAACCGCAAUCUCCACCGUACAGUUCUGGCAUACGUCAACCAGAUGUUUCAGCAGAUUUCUGGAAUCAACAUCAUAACAUAUUACGCUGCGACCAUCUUCGGCCGCAUCGGUCUCAGUGGAUUCAUGAGCCGUCUGCUCGCGGCAUGCAAUGGCACGGAGUACUGGGUAGCUUCGUGGAUCGCCAUCUUCACCAUUGAGAAGUUUGGUCGGCGGCAGUUGAUGCUGUUUGGUGCUGCUGGGCAGGCGGCUUCCAUGGCCAUUCUAGCUGCUGCUACCGCUAACGCGGUCGGAGAUCAGAAGACCAUGUAUGGCAUUGUGGCUGCCGUCUUUUUAUUCGUCUUCAACUCGUUCUUUGCAGUUGGCUGGCUCGGAAUGACUUGGCUUUAUCCCGCUGAGAUUACACCACUCAAUAUCAGAGCGCCUGCCAACGCUAUCUCGACUACUGCCAAUUGGAUCUUCAACUUCAUGGUGGUCAUGGUUACGCCUCCAGCUUUCUCAGCCAUCGGUUACAACACCUACACCGUUUUCGCCUGCAUCAACGCUUUCAUGGUGCCCUGCGUGUACUUCUUCUACCCCGAAACAGCCUACAGAUCUCUCGAAGAAAUGGACGAGAUCUUCCAGGACGUCAAAGGCAUCAAAGGAGCCUUCAGCGUGGUUAAAGUUGCGGCUGACAAGCCGCAUCGCUUCGGCAAGAAUGGCGAAUUGCUUAUCAAUUAUGAAGACACGGAGGCGUAUCAGCGGAGGAGGAGCUCGGUCACUGCGCAGAGCGGUGUGAGGGAGCCGGAGAAGAUUGAUGAUGGGGUGCAGCAUGAGGAGGAGAAGUCGGUGGGCUCGAAGUGA